CUCCCCUCGGUCCGCGGUUUUGGGCACGGCCCGGCCGGGCCGCCGACCCGUGCGUUCCCCGUCGCGACUGUCUCCACGCGCAAACCAGACGACGCACCAGCAAAAGGCGAGUAAAUCAUGUCGCAGAUGGCCUCCUCCUCCUCCUCCUCCUCCGCUCCCCCGGCUCGGCUCCGCUCUGCUCCCCCUUCAUCACUCCACUGACCCCGCAGCCGCCCGCCUGGACCUCCAGAAAUCAUCAGACAUCCCGACGGCCAUGGGCGGCCGCGCCUCCCGCCACCGCCAAUCGCACGACAAAACCCCUCACAACUCGCAGCCCAAGCAACAACCCAACCGCCCAAAACCCAAGCACAGACCCCAACUGCCGCCGCCGCCACAGCCGCCGCCGCCGCAGCAGCCUCUUGAUGCGGGAGGCGCCGCGGCGGGGGUGGGCCGCGUGCUGGGGCGCCCCAUGGAGGACGUCCGCGCGGCCUACACCUUCGGCCGCGAGCUGGGCCGGGGCCAGUUCGGGGUGACCUACCUCGCCACCCACAAGGCCACGGGCCGCCGCUACGCCUGCAAGUCCAUCGCCGCGCGGAAGCUCGCGCACAGGGACGACGUCGACGAUGUCCGCCGCGAGGUGCAGAUCAUGCACCACCUCACGGGACACCGCAACAUCGUCGAGCUCCGGGGAGCCUACGAGGACCGCCACUCCAUCAACCUCGUCAUGGAGCUCUGCGAGGGAGGGGAGCUAUUUGACCGGAUCAUCGCAAGGGGCCACUACUCCGAGCGCGCCGCCGCCGCGCUGUGCAGGGAAAUCGUCUCCGUCGUGCACAGCUGCCACUCCAUGGGGGUCAUGCACAGGGACCUCAAGCCAGAGAACUUCCUCUUCCUCAACAAGAGGGAGGACUCGCCGCUCAAAGCCACCGACUUUGGGCUAUCCGUCUUCUUCAAGCCCGGCGAGCAGUUCAGGGAUCUUGUUGGGAGUGCGUAUUACGUGGCUCCGGAGGUGCUGAAACGGCGCUAUGGAGCUGAGGCGGACAUAUGGAGUGCCGGGGUUAUCCUUUACAUCCUUCUAUCGGGCGUUCCUCCUUUCUGGGCCGAGAACGAGAAUGGCAUAUUUGAUGCUGUUUUGCAAGGUCAUAUUGAUUUCACAUCUGAUCCCUGGCCUUCAAUAUCAAAUAGCGCAAAAGACUUGGUCAAGAAAAUGCUACGGCAAGACCCAAAGGACCGGCUUACUGCUGCUGAAAUUUUAAACCAUCCAUGGAUUAGAGAGGAUGGAGAGGCCCCAGACAAACCGCUUGACAUUACGGUAAUUGGUAGAAUGAAGCAGUUCAGGGCAAUGAACAAGCUUAAGAAGGUUGCUUUGAAGGUUGUCGCAGAGAACUUGUCAGAAGAAGAGAUCGUGGGCUUAAAAGAAAUGUUCAAAUCGCUGGAUACUGAUAACAGUGGGACAAUAACUUUGGAAGAAUUAAGAACUGGUUUACCAAAGCUUGGUACCAAAAUUUCGGAAUCAGAACUAAGGCAGUUGAUGGAGGCGGCUGAUGUCGAUGGAAAUGGUACCAUCGAUUACGUUGAAUUCAUAUCAGCAACAAUGCACAUGAAUAGACUAGAGAAGGAGGAUCACAUAUUUAAAGCAUUCGAGUAUUUUGAUAAGGACCACAGCGGGUACAUAACAGUUGAUGAGUUGGAAGAAGCUCUGAAGAAGUAUGAUAUGGGUGACGAGGCAACAAUUAAAGAAAUUAUUGCUGAAGUGGAUACAGAUCAUGAUGGGAGAAUCAACUACCAGGAGUUUGUUGCCAUGAUGAAGAAUAAUAGCCCUGAGAUUGUUCCAAAUCGGCGGCGCAUGUUUUAGGCUCUCCUGCAUUUAAUGUGAAAACGGCUUUAGAAAAUUUCCAUGGUCUUUGUAAAUGUGGAGGAGAGCAAUUGAUACUCGGAUGUGGAAUGCAGUCAGGCAUCUGCACAAUGAUCUUCUAUGCUUGGACGAGUUAACAAUCAGGGAUGACUCUUCCGUAUCGUGUGCUCUGUGGUGGGUGGUUCUUCUGGCCCUUCCAUCUUCUACCAUCUCAUUUUACGAUUUGCCAUGUAUCCACCUUAAUGGGGUGUGCCUUCUGGUCAUAUUUCCUGCGUCUUGGUCAUUUAUGUAAGAAAAGGGCUUGUAGAACAGUUUCAAAUGAUCAUAUCAGGCAAAAAAUAAUGAAUGAGGUGUGUGUUUUCUGCCUCUUGGUGAGAACCAGGUUUGUAAAACAGUUUCAAAUGAUCAAAUCAGGCAACAUUGUACUGGAAUAACAUAAUUAGGAAUCACUUGACAAAGUUUCGUAUUGGAGACCAUGCAAUAUAUUUUGCAGCAUAUUUUCAGUCA